AUGGCCCCACCAUCGCCACCUCGGCCCGCGGCUGCGUCUCAAAGGAAGAGAACAGUGCGCGCGGCCCAGGUUUGGCACGGUGCAGCCAGACGUCGCACGGAUGCCGCGGCCGCAAUGUUGCAGCGGAUUGGAGGACAGCUGACCCACGUGUCUGGGUCCCGAUCCGAUGUGCACACAUCACCAUCGCCGUCACCACGUCCCACCACACCGGCUGGGACAGGAGACGCCUUCUUUGACAGCCCGGAGUUGGCCGCCUCACCGGCAAUCUUUCCGCCCCGUGAUCCCCGGAGACGACCAGCAUCGCCCAAGGAGCAGAGGCAGCGCCAGGACACGCGCCGCGAUCAAGCCACCUGGGCUCCGGCUAAAGGUAGGCCCGCCCCGCGCCUAGCGGCGCCGCCCCCCUACCCCGCUGAACGAUUUAUAUCGCCCCCCAAGCCGCCCCCCCCUCGCCCGCCGGCCUUUACGUCUCCAUGCAAGGUUUCGCCAUGCAUAGAGAUGGAGGUCUCAUACGCAGUCAUGGCUGCGUCACCGCCUACGAGACCUAAACCCAUCCCGGCCACCUGCUCACCGACAGCAAACGCGGAUGCGCCGACUCCACGGCCCCGCACCACACCGCCGUCAGUGAGCCCUCCAGCCUCCAGUGUUGCCGGUGCCACCGACGGUACCACCGCCACGGCCGCCGACACCAACAAGCCUGCAUCCAGGGCCAGAGCGGUCCAAAUGGAAAGCGAAACCAAUGCAGCCGGUUCACUAAUGGCGGCUGCAAACGAUCCGGUCGCACCCAGAGCGACCCGGAACAAGAAGCGCCGGCAGCGAAGGCGUAGGCAGGUGAGGUCUGAUGUCAAUCCAGACCUCCCUCCUCCCGCAUCUACCAUUGAAACAGCGCCCUCCACCUCAGUGACUGCCCCGAUUAUACCAGCGCGUCAAGAGACAAAGAGAGCCCCCCUGUCCGCUACGGGCAGUAAAGUCAAACCCCCAGCGUCCGAACAAGUUACUGCGUACGCAGUACCCAUAGCGGAGGUCGUACAGAUCCUGCAGGAGAUCUUAGCGGCCGUCCAGGAAGGCCGAGUCAAAGAGAUCAUCCCGACCAUCCUCAGAGCCCUGACUAAGCUCUUAGUUCGAUAG